GCCAGCAAGGGCCUCAGCACAGUGCAACUUUAGGCUGCAAACCGCCAUUCCCAUGGUGGGCAAUGUGUGGGGCACUGUGACCAGCGCCUGGGGCGGCACGAGAGCGGCGACUUACAUUCAAUGCUGCCUAUGAACAGGACCAACAACAUAAAACAACUCCUCAAUUUGCCAGCGAGAGUUUGAUAAAUGACCCAUCAAACCACACUAGUCCGUUUGACGGAUAAGCACGUUCAAGUGAUGUUUUAGUCUCCCACCCCCAACCCCACUAGGCAACGCCUCGUACAACAACCCUCUGAAGAAGUGAUUGUCGUUCAGCUUCGGAUAUUACGGACAUGCAGUUUCACAUCAGGUGAUUCGGUCGGCGUUUGGCAUCUGUUCAGCUCGAUCCCUAUGUGCACCUUACGCAAUCCCUGAAGGGACAUGUGUUUGUGCAUAAGCAUCUGGAUAUACUUAACUGGUAGGGCUCAAAGUCCAGGUGAAGUUGGGCCGUGUCAAGCGGGUCUGGAGGGCCCGAAGGCCUUUUCACUUUGGGUGCAGGGUCUACGGGUACGGAAUCCAUCCAUAUCCAUCGAGGCUGUAACAUCUGAAGACAAGCAACCGGAAGGUCGGGUACCUGAUUAUUGGACCAAGCCCGUGGUGAGUACCAAUGGAGGUUACGGUGCUGAGAUCGAUAGAUCUUCGGCGAGGUAUCUUCCUUGAAAAUCCGAGAUAAUACAAUCAAUAAUACGAAUGCAGCUCUAAGUAAGAAUGUGAGGC